UUGUUCCGUGCGUGUGAUCCGAGGGCCAGUUUCUGCGCGGGUUGUACCGACUCUCUUCACAAAGUGCGGUUAGGGCAAUUGUUAGUAGGCCUAUUGCGUACAAGUGAAACUGCUUUGUUCUCGCUUCCUACGCACUGAAUGUCGCGACCACCCGACAGGCGUGCUUGCGAGAAGGCAAGCAGGGAGACAAGGAAAGUUAAUGUUUUUGCGAAAGAAGGAGUUCAGGGGGGUUGUGAAAGUAGCCGGCAUGACUCGGAGCAAAUAGCAUUUGUUCAACCUCUCGAAGCACCACGUGACAGCGGUGGGAACAGCUUAGAAAACUUAAAUCGCUCAAUCGCGGGAUUUGAAGAGCAUUGUUACGAAGACCUCACGUCCGUAGACGCAGAUGACAGGGAACAGUGGGCAGAAGUCAAUCUUGAGUCUGGUAGUAGUGAAAGUGAUAGUGAAGAGCGCACAAGCGUACAUGACGGACUGCAGGAUUCCUUGCGUGAAUGGGCAAACGAAUAUGGUAUCAAAAGAAGGGCGUUAACAGCUUUGCUGAAGACGCUAAGGACACAGAGGGGACUUCAUCAGUUACCGGAGGAUGGUCGUACACUUAUGCAGACCCCUCGAAAAAACCUGGAUGAAUUUCCCAUUUGUGCUUUGGCGCCAGGAAAGUAUUGUCAUUUCGGACUUGCUGUGGGUCUUCAGCGUUCAUUGUCUCAUGUAGAAAAGCUGCCAGCUGUAAUUCCACUCUCAUUUAAUGUAGAUGGCCUCCCCUUGUCAAAGAGCUCCAAAAUGCAACUGUGGCCCAUACAGUGCUUACCCCGUGGUUGCGGCAAUGUGCCCCCAUUUGUUGUGGGUGCGUUUGCUGGACAGUCUAAGCCAUCCUCGUCUAAUGAUUUCCUGAGGCCUUUUGUUCGAGAGCUGCAAACUUUGCUUGUGCAAGGUGUGAAUAUCAAUGGCGACACUGUUCAGGUGACAGUUGCCUCGGUCAUCUGUGAUGCUCCAGCGCGAGCUUUCGUUACUAUGACAAAAGGCCAUGGAGGGUACAGUGGUUGCGCAAAGUGUACAGUCGAGGGAUCUUACAUCAAUGGAAAAGUAGUAUUUUGCGACAUGGAGUGUCCGUUACGAACGGAUGAGAGUUUCAGGGAGCAGCAUGAUGUUGAACAUCACAAGGGAGAAUCUGGCCUGUUGGACCUGCCCAUUGACAUUGUAAAUGACCUCCCACUUGAUUACAUGCAUCUUGCAUUACUGGGUGUCAUGCGGAAAUUGCUCCAGUUGUGGAUUUCUGGACCACUGCGGGUUCGUUUGGGACCUCUGGAUAGGCACACAUUCAAUGAGAAGAGCAAGCUGCUAAAUCCUCACAUCCCUAGUGAAUUUCCCCGUAGGCCACGCGGACUCGAUGAGCUCGACCGCUGGAAGGCGGUUGAGUUCCGACUUUUUGUAUUCUACACAGGCCCGUUGCUUCUCAAGUUCUGCCUUCUAGAUGAUCUAUACCAGCACUUUUUGCUGCUCCAUGCGUCGUUAUCUAUACUUGCAAACAAGGAGCUGUGUCGUGAGCAUGCUGGUUAUGCCGAUGAGCUCUUGAGAUGCUUUGUUUCACAUUUCCGCGAAUUGUAUGGUGACGAGCAUGUUUCUUUCAACGUGCACAGCCUCAUACAUCUUGCUUCUGAUGUUAAAAUACAUGGAGAGCUAGACUCCUUCAGUGCCUUCCCAUUUGAGAACAACAUGCAGGUGCUCAAGAGGCAGUUGCGCAAGCAUGGAAAACCCUUGGAGCAGCUGCGCAACAGGAUGGUAGAGAGCCAGUCUUGGACACGCAGACAGACAUGGGAUGAAAUUCCUGUACAUUUUAGCCGUCCUCACAGUCGAGGAGAACUGCUGCCGGAAUGCUGCCCUCCUGAAUAUGAAAGGCUGUCAUGGGAUGCAUAUACAAUUGCAUUGUCUAAAAGAGACAACUGCUUUGCACAGGAUGGCCAUGUUGUUCUGGCAAAAAACAUAGCCUAUAUCAGAGGGUCUAAGCAGCCAUGCAUAAUUGGCCAAGAGUUUCUCAUCAAGGAAGAUUUCUAUUCUUUACCCUUUGAGUCUUCCAGAAUGGGCAUUUAUGUUGUAUCAGGGCUAUCGGGCCUGAAGCCUUGGUCCCUGCACAACCUCCAAAAAAUGGUGAAGCUGCCACUGAAUGGAAAGUUUCUGGUUAUUCCAGAGCUUCACACAAUUUAAAGGCCUAGAUUUAGCUAGCAUUCGCAGAAACUUCAAAUAAUAUCUGCAAAUUUAUAGAGGUUGGUGUAGUGCAGUUUAAUAAUCCUGAAGUUUUUGCAGCCCUUAGUGGCUUACCUUACGUAACGUUUAGUUAUUUGUGAAACAUGCAGUGAAAAGGAGGGUAACAGUGAGCAAUGAAAGAAAUAAGCCUCAAAUAAUCCUGUAAUUAACCUGUGCACACUCACUGUAGGGCAGUUCACCGCACAGUCCUAUUCUGCUCAACCAUAUUUCCACAGAUGGCUUAUGUGAUCGCUGAGUUCGUUGAGGACAAACAGGUGGAGGUGGUGCCAGUGACCUGGGUGGAGGGUGACAAGUGUGCGUGGCCCGACAACCUCAAAGGCAACAGAGUGACAUCCUUAGUAAAGAAAUCUGUACCUCCAGACACCUUCUGGAAGUGCUACAGCGUAGCAGUGAAAGGGGUAUUUGCAACAUAUGAACAAGCAAGGGCCAAACUUAAUGACAGCCAGUAUACAUCAGACCUGGGCACAGGAUCGGAAAUGUCUCAAGGAAAAAGGACAAGGAGGCCACCAGCUCAGUGGUCUGACUCGGAUGAGCCUGACACACCACCGCCACCCAAGAAGGCCAAGCAAAGCUCCAGCAAGCAAAUUCCAGCUCCACCAAGCAACUUCCCACUAGGCCUCUCUUCUGCUUCUGCAGUGCAGCAAGACAGCUGUGAAGAGUCUGAAGGUUCACUGCAAUCACUCUCUGCAGAUGUGAAUGACAUGCCGCAAGGUGGUGCAGGUGGCCCUAGUUCACACAGUGCAAAUGGCUCCAGAUCACACACUGCAGGUGGCUCUAGCUCACACAGUGACCAACGGACUUGUGUACCCUCAGGUUCCCCUGACGAACUUUCAAACAAUAUUGCUGCAAGACGGAUGACAGAAGGCAGCACUAACGAUAUUGAAGACACCAUCAAAUCGUGGCUAAGGCAUGCUCCAGAAAGGGCCGGCAGCCAUAAGAAGCCAAGCGCUGAGGUCUGCCUGCCUCAAGGUAUGCUUUUACCUCACCGAUUUUCAGCAGCUUGAGAGGCGGUGCCGCAUGUUGAUUUCUUUAAUCGCAGAAUGUACCCUUUACUAUCCGAAUACUCACUUGAUAACAUUCCUUAGAGAAGAGCGAGUUGUAAGCGUGACUCAAAAAUGUUGGUUGACUUCCGGCUAACUUUCGAAGAACAUGCUUCAAGCAUCGUUAAUGCAUUCUACAGAAAGUUAGGCCUUAUAUCAAAGACGACCGUACUUAUAUAAUGAUCGCACUUUUUUGUCAAAAAAAUUUAUGCAAAUUCAGGGGUGCAAUUCAGGUUAAAUUUCCCACGAAAAGAAUUCUUUUUUUCAUCCCGCAUUUGCUGCGGGAUGACAAGCAGGCAGCUGCUGCUGUCAGUUCGGGACACCAAAACAAAAAUGGUGGCCGGCGGAGGAAGCUGAACGGGAUUAUUUUUCUUCUUGUGAGUACAUUAACGUGCAUUGAAACAGUUUCUUCCGUAUCAGUAAUGAAUAAUAUCGUUAAUAUUGGCAAGUUUGCGACAGUAGCGUAGCCAUGUCCAAUUUGAGAGGACAGAAACAGAGAGGGGCACGCUUAGCUGCCAGUGACAUAGAAACACAUGGCGGGCACGCUGUGGAAACUGCAGCAUUUGUCUUCACUGCUAUCCUAAUAUGGCACGUUUCUGCUAAGGGUGGGCGAAUAUCUUAGCUGCGUUACGAGCGUCGGUGUAUUAAUAGGGUACACUUCUAACGUAUCAGUGCAAACGUGACUACUAUUGUUGCUACUCGCGAUUUGUUGCGUGCCUACGAGUGCAUACGAAAAGAAUCGAAAGGCGCCAAAACCAUUAUGAAGCCUACAAAUAAUAAAGCCGAGACAAGUUUGGUUGUAGCUUUUUUUUUUUUUCAAGGAAGUGUGGAAAGUGAUGAAAGGAAUGAAAUGAGGCAUCUGUUAAGAAAGAGAAAGGUGGGUGUGUGCAGAUCACUUGGUAUGUCUUCAAGAGUUGUUCACAUAGCAUUCGACAGAUGGUAAGCGCGAUCAUCGUUAGCUAGACUUGGCACACAACAUAUCGCUGUGACAAGUUCAGGGUGCGAUCAUUACACGGGAAAGAAAAAAAUCAAAUUUUGACAACAAAAUUCAGGGGUGCGAUCAUUAUGCGAGUAAAUAGAGUAAAGAGUUUACGAAUGUGAGCUGUGUUAUUCUCUCGUAUUCUUUGUUUGUCCGCUCGAAGCUAAAGUUUAGUUCUGUUGUAUGGAACUGUAUUAAUUUGACUGACUAAUGUUGCAAAAAUUGUAUGUGUUCAGUGAUGUUUCAUUUGUGUCCUGUACAAUCCAUUUCUUGGACGCCGUGUAUCUUAUGCCUACGAGUGUGUACUGUGCAUGUAUAAUAUUAGACCCCUACAAAUAAGGCGGAAAUACCGUGAUUACUUCACAAACACUUCUCCUGUCCGCAGUUACUGUGAGCUGUAACGUUAUGCAUGCCUCGCCCUAAAUUGCUUAAUCCUAGCAUUUUAUAUGUGAAUUCCUCUUGCACCUCUAACGCUAUAACAAUCUCUUGUAACACAAUAAAGUACCUUGCAUCGUG